AUGCCUAGUGAACUCAUCAAAUACAUUGGAAAGACUUACAAUGCAUGGCACAUCGCAUUAGCUCUGCUGGAAAGCCAUGUAAUGUUGUCCUUGAAUGACUCAAAGUGCUCUGAGUCUUUGGCUGAGCUUUAUCGUUUGCUCAAUGAAGAAGAUAUGAGGUGUGGAUUGUGGAAGAAACGGUCAAUUACUGCAGAAACAAGGGCUGGGCUUUCACUUGUUCAGCAUGGUUACUGGCAGCGGGCUCAAAGCCUCUUUUACCAAGCCAUGGUUAAGGCAACCCAGGGCACAUACAACAACACAGUACCAAAGGCUGAGAUGUGUCUCUGGGAGGAGCAGUGGCUCUAUUGUGCUAGUCAACUAAGUCAGUGGGAUGUUUUAGUAGACUUUGGAAAACUUGUUGAGAAUUAUGAAAUAUUGCUUGAUAGUCUUUGGAAACAGCCAGAUUGGGCAUAUCUGAAAGAUCAGGUAAUUCCAAAGGCCCAAGUAGAAGAGACUCCAAAACUUCGUAUAAUCCAAGCCUAUUUUGCUCUUCAUGAAAAGAAUACAAAUGGCGUGGUGGAUGCUGAAAACAUGGUGGGAAAAGGUGUUGAUCUUGCUUUGGAACAGUGGUGGCAAUUGCCUGAAAUGUCUGUUCAUGCCAGAAUUCCUCUUUUGCAGCAGUUCCAACAGCUAGUUGAAGUUCAAGAAUCGGCCAGAAUCAUAGUGGAUAUUGCCAAUGGAAGCAAACUUUCUGGAAGUUCCGUUGGCGGUGUAAAUGGUGUGUAUGCCGAUCUCAAGGACAUCCUCGAGACCUGGAGACUAAGAACUCCAAAUGAAUGGGACAAUUCAUCUGUUUGGUAUGAUUUGCUCCAAUGGAGGAAUGAAAUGUAUAAUGCAGUCAUUGAUGCUUUUAAGGAUUUUGGCACCACAAAUUCACAACUUCAUCACCUCGGUUACCGUGACAAAGCAUGGAAUGUCAAUAAGCUUGCCCACAUUGCUCGGAAGCAGUGCCUGUAUGAUGUUUGUGUGUCUGUGCUGGAGAAGAUGUAUGGGCACUCAACGAUGGAAGUGCAGGAGGCCUUUGUUAAAAUAAGAGAACAAGCAAAGGCUUAUCUAGAAAUGAAGGGAGAACUUACCAGUGGUCUUAGCCUGAUCAACAGUACCAAUCUGGAAUAUUUUCCUGUUAAACAUAAAGCAGAGAUUUUUCGUAUUAAGGGUGAUUUCUUGAUGAAGCUAAAUGAUUGCGAAGGUGCCAAUCUUGCAUAUUCAAAUGCCAUAAGCCUCUUCAAAAACUUGCCUAAAGGAUGGAUUAGCUGGGGAAACUAUUGUGACAUGGCUUACUCAGAAACCAAUGAAGAGAUUUGGUUAAUAAAUUCUGUGAGCUGCUUUCUUCAAGGUAUCAAAUUUGGAAUUUCGAAUGCGAGAAGCCACCUAGCUCGUGUUCUAUAUCUUCUAAGCUUUGAUACUCCCAAUGAACCAGUGGGGAGAGCUUUUGAUAAGUACUUGGACCAGAUACCACAUUGGGUUUGGCUUUCUUGGAUUCCCCAGCUCUUGCUUUCCUUGCAGAGAGCUGAAGCUCCUCAUUGCAAACUUGUUCUUCUUAAAAUUGCCAAUGUGUACCCACAGGCAUUGUACUACUGGCUGCGCACAUAUUUGCUCGAACGUCGUGAUGUUGCAAAUAAGUCUGAAUUUGGAAGAUUGGCAAUGGCUCAGCAAAGAAUGCAGCAGAAUGUCUCUGGUGCUGGUGCUCCUGGCUCUAUUGGCUUGGCUGAUGGGAAUACAAGAGUGGCUGGUCAGGGUGGGGUUUCUUUAGCUGACAAUCAAGUUCAUCAAGGAGGUCAACCUGGUGGUGGUGUAGGAUCUCACGAUGGUGCAAACUCUCAGGUGCAAGAACCUGAAAGGUCCACUUCUGUGGAAGGCACCAUGCAGACUGACCAACCUUUACAACAGGGUUCAUCAAAUAUUAAUGAUGGUGGUCAGAAUGCAUUAAGGCGUAAUGGUGCUUUGGGUUUGGUUGCUUCUGCUGCUAGUGCUUUUGAUGCUGCCAAGGAUAUAAUGGAAGCCCUUAGAAGCAAACACACUAAUCUGGCCAGCGAACUUGAGAUUCUGCUUACAGAAAUUGGCUCAAGAUUUGUCACCCUGCCAGAGGAGAGACUACUGGCCGUGGUUAAUGCUUUGCUUCACCGCUGUUAUAAGUACCCAACAGCAACUACAGCAGAGGUUCCACAGUCUCUCAAGAAGGAGCUCUCUGGUGUUUGCAAGGCCUGCUUUUCAGCAGAUGCUGUGAACAAGCAUGUUGAAUUUGUGAGGGAAUACAAGCUGGAUUUUGAACGCGAUCUUGAUCCAGAAAGCACCACCACAUUUCCAGCUACUCUUUCCGAGCUGACUGAACGAUUGAAGCACUGGAAAAAUGUUCUCCAAAGCAAUGUUGAGGACCGAUUUCCUGCUAUUUUGAAGCUGGAAGAUGAAAGCAGGGUGUUGCGUGACUUCCAUGUCGUUGAUGUCGAAGUUCCAGGACAGUAUUUUACUGAUCAGGAAGUUGCACCUGAUCAUACAAUAAAACUAGAUAGGAUUGGAGCUGAUAUUCCGAUUGUGAGAAGACAUGGAAGCAGUUUCCGGCGCUUGACUCUAAUUGGCUCAGAUGGCUCCCAGCGCUAUUUUAUUGUCCAGACAUCUUUGACUCCCAACGCUAGAAGUGAUGAACGCAUAUUACAGCUUUUCCGCGUCAUGAACCGAAUGUUUGAUAAACACAAGGAAUCCAGACGUCGCCACAUAUGCAUUCACACUCCAAUCAUCAUCCCUGUGUGGUCACAGGUCCGCAUGGUGGAAGAUGAUUUGAUGUACAGCACCUUCCUUGAGGUAUAUGAGAACCAUUGUGCAAGGAAUGACCGAGAGGCAGACUUACCUAUUACCUAUUUUAAGGAGCGACUGAACCAAGCUAUUUCUGGCCAGAUAUCACAAGAAGCUGUAAUGGAUCUCCGUCUCCAAGCUUAUAAUGACAUUACGAAAAAUGUUGUGACCGACAGCAUAUUCUCGCAGUACAUGAAGAAGACUCUGCUGAGUGGAAAUCAUAUGUGGGCUUUCAAAAAGCAGUUUGCCAUCCAGUUGGCCCUCUCAAGUUUCAUGUCAUAUAUGCUUCAGAUUGGGGGGAGGUCUCCAAACAAGAUAUUAUUUGCUAAGAACACUGGGAAAAUAUUCCAGACAGAUUUCCAUCCUGCAUAUGAUGCUAAUGGAAUGAUUGAGUUUAAUGAACCGGUGCCUUUCCGCUUGACAAGGAAUUUACAGGCAUUCUUCUCCCAUUUCGGUGUGGAAGGCCUUAUUGUGUCGGCCAUGUGUGCGGCAUCACAGGCUGUGGUCUCACCUAAACAAAGUCAGCAUUUAUGGCAUCAUCUAGCUAUGUUUUUCCGCGAUGAGCUAUUAUCUUGGUCUUGGAGAAGACCCCUUGGCAUGCCUCUGGCCCCUGUUAGUUUGAACCCUGUUGACUUCAAAAAGAAGGUCACCACAAAUGUCGACCAUGUUAUUGCUCGGAUCAAGGGAAUAGCCCCACAGUACAUCUCUGAAGAGGAGGAGAAUGCUGUGGACCCGCCUCAGUCUGUGCAGAGGGGUGUGACCGAGUUAGUUGAAGCCGCACUGACUCCCAGAAACUUGUGCAUGAUGGAUCCAACAUGGCAUCCCUGGUUUUAG